UAUGUAACGUUAUAUUAACUUCCGGUGUAUGCGUGUUGCUGGUAGCGUUGUCCCACUGCGUAUGUGUAGUUAUUUGUUGAAAUAAACGAAUAACGACCACAAUUACUUCACUGAAAUGGAUAUACUGAAAGCUGAGAUCGCAAGGAAAAGGAAAGUUCUCGAAGAAAAGCAGCUUGUGGACGACACCAAAAAAUACUUCAAAAGGUCCGAUCUUGCGCGCAAGGAGCAAGAAGAUUACUUCAGAAGAUGUGGAUAUAAGGUUCAGAAAGAGACUUCUGAGAGCCAGAUUGAUAAAAAGGAAGAAGAUGAGCCAUCCACCUCAGCUAAUCCAGUGUUAGAACUGGAACUAACAGAAGAGAAGCUGCCAAUGACACUGUCGCGACAGGAAGUAAUUCGGCGGCUUAGAGAACGAGGGGAACCGAUCCGACUGUUUGGAGAGUCUGACUACGAUGCCUUCCAGAGACUGAGGAAGAUUGAGAUUCUGACCCCGGAAGUGAACAAGGGCUUGAGGAAUGACCUCAAAGCGGCCAUGGACAAGAUUGACGCGCAGUAUCUGAAUGAGAUUGUUGGAGGAACAGAGCCAGGAGAAGUGGACACACAGCACGACCUGAAAGUGCAUGAAGAAAACACCACUAUAGAAGAACUGGAGGCUCUUGGUAAAACCCUGGGCACGGGAGAUGAUGAUGGAGACCAGGAUGUUAUCGACAAGUUUUUGAGGUUUCUUCUUGGUGUUUGGGCCAAAGAUCUAAACAGUCGUGAGGACCAUGUGAAGCGAAGUGUGCAGGGCAAGCUGGCCAGUGCAACCCACUCGCAGACUGAGUCUUACCUCAAACCUCUCUUCAGGAAGCUCAGGAAGAAGAGUUUACCAGCUGACAUCAAAGAGUCCAUCACAGACAUCAUUAAAUUCAUGUUGGAGAGAGAAUAUGUCAAGGCAAAUGAUGCUUAUUUGCAGAUGGCCAUUGGUAAUGCUCCCUGGCCUAUCGGUGUGACAAUGGUGGGUAUCCACGCUCGUACUGGGCGAGAGAAGAUCUUCUCCAAGCACGUGGCCCACGUUCUCAACGAUGAGACACAGAGAAAAUACAUCCAGGGACUGAAGAGGCUAAUGACCAUCUGUCAAAAACACUUCACAACUGUCCCAUCAAAGUGUGUGGAGUACAAUGCUCUUUAACUUGUAACCUUAGCUUAACUUAUGUAGCAGCUCAGUUAUGGGUUCUGGCAUGAGUGAAGUGUGGGUGUGGCAGAAAAUGUCUCAAAAUCUUGUAUAUACUGGCUUCAAGUUCAUGCUUUUUGCAGAGGAUGGCUUCCUGAGAAAAUACACAUGAACAGAAUCUGGGUAAGACUUGUUGUACAGUCAGAUUUAAUUAAAACACUCAACCUUUUAUUAGACUUUUCCUUGUGAACUACUGGAAAAACCACUGCACCUUUUCAUGCAAUUAAAAGUCUUCAGUCCUUCGUGAGAACAUUUUUACGGAUGCUCUGGGGAGUUAUUGUUGCAGGGUUAUUAUUGGCUUACGUAUUUUCAUGAUGUUUUAAGCAAAGUGUUUUUUUUGCCAAGGAAGAUCCAGUAGUGUAAGUUUUAUUACACCUGAGCUAUUACAGAUAUUUCUUUGACAUGCUAAAAUCAGUGCUGACUCAGUUCGAUGUGUAUGUUUGAGUUGUUUUCAGCAAAUAAUUAAACCAAUAAAUUUGUCCCUGUACUAUCUUGGUAUGGAAAUAAAGUGUUUUUUAUCACA